GAUGAGAGACCAUUCAAAAAAGCUGCGAGUAUUGUUGAAAAUUAUUUGGUCUCAUUUGCUAGAUAUACAUCUGCAAGGGUACCUGUUCCGCAUAGACCAGAGCAUAAAAUGUUUACAGCUGGUAUCUGGACGAUUCAUUUCACCCUUGAUAAUGAUAUGUGGUCUUCAGAAGUGCGUAUUAGAGAUGCCAUUAGGGAUUUGGAAUUUGAUGUUAUUGGCUUAUUAGAAUCCGACACUCAGCGUAUUAUCAUGGGUAACAGAGAUUUGUGGCAGUAUAUUUCUGAAGAUUUAGGUUAUUACGUAGAUUACGGUCCGGGACCAUCUAAGCAUACUUGGGGCUGUGCCAUGCUUUCUAAAUUUCCUAUAAUAAAUUCGACACAUCAUCUUUUACCUUCUCCAGUUGGUGAACUUGCUUGUGCAAUUCAUGCAACUUUAGAUGUUUAUGGCCAACAUGUUGAUUUCAUUGUUAGCCAUAACGGCCAAGAAGAAAAUCCAUUGGAUCGCGAACUACAAACUACUGAAUUGGCCCGAAUAAUGCGUGAAUCUCCUAAUCCAUUCGUAUUUUUGGGAUAUGUUGUGACUGCACCAUUCCAACAUGUUUAUCAUAUCCUUUUCGACGAUGGUCAUAUAAAUGAUAUUGAUCCAUCAGAGUCAAAUAGAUGGUGCGAAUAUAUUGGAUACCGCGGACUAAAAAGAAUUGCUUUUGCACGAAUUAGUCACGGUCAUAUUACUGAUACUGAAAUCCAAGCUGGUAAAUUCCUUGUUGUCAAUGAUCCAAAUGAUGCUUCAAUUAUCAGCUAUGAACAAGUUCCAAAAGAUUACUAUCCACCUUCAAUGCAAUUUCCUGAAAUGUUCUAUAAUGAAGGAAUUCGCGGUCAUCGAUUUGAUGACUUCUAUCCUCGUUAUUUUGCAUAG